AUGACUUGUUCUUCACAGCGUUAUCUCUCAUUGUUUAUCCUUCUCCUCCUCACUCUAUUUUUCACUCUUUCUUCUUCCCACUCCAUAACCCUACCCCUCUCCUCCCCUACAAAGUCCGCCCUAAACGACAGCCGAUGGCAACAGCUUCGUCAGACAGCUGUCGCCAAGUCGGCCAACAUCUCCUCCACUACCCCUCUCUUUGCCGGCCUUGACGGCCUGUACACCUUCACCCUCGCCAUCGGCACCCCGACACAAUCCCUUGAGUUGUCCCUAUGCAGCGGCUGCGUCCUCGUCGCGUUCCCUUGCGGUUUCAACUUCUCGUGCGUGAAUUGCGACAUCGACUCGAAAGAUAUUCUCACAUUCAAGCCCGAUCAAUCCAACACCUCGUCUCCAGUUUACUGCGACGACCCAUUACUGAAUAAGACCAUCUCCUCGGAUUUCAUCCCCGUUUGCACCAAAUGCAUCUCCAACAACUCGUGCUGCGGUGCGCUGGCGGAGUAUACCCACCCGCUGGAAGGCUCGUCGGGGUAUAUUCUAUCCGAGUCCCUAACCCUACCCGAAUUGAACCACCCGGAACCCAAUCUCCUUUUCGGGUGCGCUGCCGAGUCAGAAUGGUCGCAAGGUAUAGGAAUCGCCGGGUUCGGGCGUGCCCCUUCAUCCCUCCCGUCCCAACUCAAUCUCACGAAAUUCUCCCACUGCUUUGUCUCAAGGCCGUUAUACGAAGGUAACCGCAAUGUAAGCGGUGCUUUGGUUCUCACCUGGGGGGAAGAAGAAGCAGAAGAAGACGAAGAUGGCAACGGAAAUCGCUACACUCCGUUGAUAAAGAUCACGAACGGAACUUGGCGACCCUCGAAAUACUUUCUCAACGUAGAGAAGAUUAUGGUCGGCGGAGUCAAGGUCGAGGUCCCGACGGAGGAUCUGACCACAACUGAGUCUGGAAACGGGGGAUUGAAGGUGGAGCCCGCCAUAGAGGCCACGGUCAUGGACAAAAGCGUGUUCGAACCAUUGGCGAAGGAGUUAGAGAAACAAGUCGGGAACAAGUACAGCAGGGCUACGGAUGCGGAGAACGAUUCUAUGUACCGACCGUGUUAUCAUACUGGUGAUUCGGGUAUGAAUGGUAUGCCAGGACUGUGUUUUCAUUUCCAAGGGGGGGCGGAGUUGGUUGUGCCGGUUGAAAAUUACUUUUGGAAUUAUAACAAAUCGGUUAUUUGCAUAGCGAUAUGGUCGCAGGUGCUGGAGGGGUAUGCCAUCUUGUUGGGUAAGUUGAUGAUGCAGAAUGUUUAUGUGGAUUACGAUUUGACCAACAAUCGUCUUGGUUUCUGGCCCAAAAAUUGCUCGCAAGUUUCUAAGUAA